ACCCACCGUUAGGCAGGCAGUCCACUUCCACUCGCCAACCCACCAGAUCUGCGUCUGUAUUACGUCGCACCCACCUGCCCCACGCCGGCGGCAUCACCGACACGAAACAGCGGCCAUUUUUAGCUUUGCCAAGAGGAGCUUCUGGCUUAUAGCCCCCACCCCACUCCACUUCUCAGUUUGCACAGCAGAGCAACCGGAGAGAGAGAGAGAGAGAGCAAUGUCGUCCAUCAUCGUGCAGGUGUCCGCCUUCGUCCUUAACCUCAUCGCCUUCGGCCUCGCCGUCGCCGCCGAGCAGCGCCGCAACAAGGCCACGGUGACGCCGGACCUGGCCAAGGAGUACGACUACUACGUCUACGACUCCGACGUCGCCACCGGCUACGGCGUCGGCGCGCUCCUCCUCACCGCCGCGCAGGUCGUCGUCAUGCUCGCCACUCGAUGCUUCUGUUGCGGACGCGGGCUCAAGCCGGGGGGGGGGGGGGGGGGGGGGGGCUCGCGCGCCUGCGCCCUCAUGCUCUUCCUCUUCUCAUGGUUGACCUUCCUCGUUGCAGCGGCGUGUUUGCUGGCAGGAUCAGUCCGUAAUGCAUACCACACCCGGUACAGGGGGAUCUUCAACGGUGACCCACUCUCUUGCGAGACGCUGCGCAAGGGUGUAUUUGCUGCUGGUGCAGCCUUCACCUUCUUCACGGCCAUCCUGAGCGAGUUCUAUUACAUCAGCUACUCCCAAUCCCGGGAUGCCGCUGGUGACACUCCAUACGGCGGCUCCAGUAUCGGCAUGGGCCCUUACAAUUAAGGAGCUCGGUGCAGGAGGUUUAAGGAGCUCCAGUAUCGGUGCAGGAGGUAGUUACGGUGUGGAUCAUGUAGCUCGUGGAGUGCGGUGUUCUUGUUAACAUUAAUUACGGUGGUAGUUACGGUGUAAUUUGGCUUGCUGUUUUCAGUAGGCUACGUAUGAGAUUACUUGGUCGGGCUUUGUACUAUUCGGAUUAUUGGAUUGGAUUCUGGAUUGGAAUUGCUUAUCCAGUUAUCCUA